CUGCGCCUGUUGCCUGUUGCGUCACUUGAACUUGGAAAAGUUCUGCCUGCCUGCCUAGGUUGACUUUAGUUUGCGCUUUGGCUACGCGCGGGAUGGUUAUGUGUCCCGGACACUGCUGAGUUAUUGAACGGGAUCCUGAGUUACUCCUGAGUUAUUGCACGGAUCAUAGUGUCCUAAAGUUUGGAAAGUAUCCCACCUCAGCAGGUUUAGACACUUAUGUGCAACAUAAACAACGAUGAUUUCAGCGUUGAUCGUGUAUAAUAGGAAGUCAUUGUAACUCGCCGAGCCACAGCAAUGUUUGCUCUGUGACUUUUUGUGUCGACCAUCGCUUUCAAGUGACAACUGAAUGCCAAUCAAGAUGGACUACGGAAACGAAGUGGAUUUAUCAAACAACAAUAUCACUCCGCUUUGGAAAAAACGCACCACCAAUACUGGGUCUAGAGACUUGAAACUUAAAUCUAGACCUCUAAGUUACCAGAUCGACGGGGUCCAUACGACGGAUUUUCCUGUGGAGGAUAAAUGUGCGUUUACUCUGACGCAGCCCGCAGAAAAGAUAGUUGCAAAGCCAGCUGGAAGCACCAUGGUCUUGAAACAUGUCUUGAACAAACCAAGUCGGAAGACACGGGUAGUAAGAAGCAUCAGCAUUGGACAUUCAUCCAACGGGAGAUUAUCCUUUUCUAAGAGACGAGAGGACAAUAAGCAAUGCGCAGAGAGCAAGGCAAACCUAACAGCUGGUACAACCAGAAUGGCAAAUGGGGCCUCCGUGUGUGUGGAUGGCAAGCAUUCUUGGGCUGACAACAAGAACCUGUCUAGCCCACACACUGUCACAUCGCAGAGAGACCAGAUAGUGUUUGGGGAUUCUGCGUCAUCUCCAGACCACAUGCGGACAGCGUACGGCACACCCCCCCACAACCUGAGCGUCGCACCUCAGUGCCAUCGGCAGGACAGUGGGGCCUCGUCCCCGUCUCUCCGCACCUCAUCCCGCAGCUCAUCCUCCAGCGUCAUGUCCCUGUCCUCCACCCCGAGCUCCCUCUCCGAUCCGCCGACACCCCGCACCCCGUCACCUGAUGAUGGAGUGUCCGUUGGUGGGGUGCUUCUGCACCAGACCCCAAAGUCCUCCCCGGUGUCUGAUGGGAAGCUCUCCCCCUCGGUGGUCCUGAGCACCCAGAGUCUCGCUGCGCUGAAGAUGGGCACCCAGCAGCUCAUCCCCCAGGGUCUGGUGUCAGACACUCGCCCCCUGAAAACCGGACACUCUGGUGCCCACACCAAGGGCCCCGGAGGGCUCCUGGACCCUGGCCAACGGGCGUUGCGGGCCCGCAGCAUGGUGGAAACCGGCUCAUUCUUCGCCACGAGCACCGAGCAGGAGGCCGAGGGGGAGGACAGCCCUGGGCUGCUCAGGAGAGGCCUGCGCUCCACGUCCUACAGGCGGGCCGUGGUCAGUGGGGUGGAGCUGGAUGAAUCCCCCACAGAUCUGAAGACUAAACGCCUGUCACAGCCAGUGCUCAGGGGAGUGGUAGAGGAUCGGGAACACCCAUCCAGCCCUGGGAAAAUCAAGAGUCCAGUCCAGAGUCCAGACAAGAAAAAAGGAAUUCCGUCCCAGCGGACGUUUGACAGUGAAGAGGAUGAGGUCCUGUACCAGAACUACCAGGAGAAAGCCCUGCACAAUGACUCCGAUGAGGAUGCAGAGUCCAGGGAGCCCAAGCCUGAUGACCGCAUCGUGGUCCAGUACAAGCCCAUCCGCACGUCCUGGAGUCAGCUCAGUGUGGUGAAGAAGAGUGGAGCCACUGAGAAGUUGAGCCCAGAGGAACGAAAGAGGCAGGAGGCCAUCUUUGAAGUCAUCUCCUCCGAGCACAGCUACCUGCACAGUCUGGAAAUCCUCAUCCGCUUGUUUAAGAACUCGGCAGAGCUCGGCGAGAUCAUGACCAAGACGGAGAGCCACCACCUGUUCUCCAACAUCGUGGAUGUGUGUGAGGCCAGUAAAAAGUUCUUUAAGGAGCUGGAAGACCGACACCAGCAGAAUAUAGUUAUUGAUGAUAUCAGUGAGCAUUGUGAGAGAAACUGCAUGGUGAACUUAUUCAUAACAUACUGCUCCAAUGAAGUGUACCAGCAAAGGACCCUUCAAAGGCUUGUGAUGAAGAGUCCGUCGUUUAAGGAGGUGCUGACCCGGAUCGAGGCGCACCCCGACUGCAGGAACCUCCCCAUGAUCUCUUUCCUGAUCCUGCCCAUGCAGCGUGUGACCCGCCUGCCUCUGCUCAUGGACACUAUCUGUCACAAGACUCCUAAGAACACAGAGCAGUAUGAGGCCUGUAAGAAAGCUUUCCAGGAAGUCAGCAAGGUUGUGCGGAAGUGUAACGAGGGUGCGCGCACCAUGGAGAGGACUGAGAUGAUGUACACCAUCAACUCUCAGCUGGAGUUCAAGAUUAAGCCAUUCCCUCUGGUGUCCUCCUCUCGCUGGAUGGUGAAACGCGGCGAGCUGACGGCGUUGGUGGAGGAGAACGGCAUCUUCCUGAAGAGGACAUCACGGCAGCAGGUCUACUUCUUCCUCUUCAACGAUGUGCUCAUCCUCACCAGGAAGAAGAGUGAGGAGAGUUACACAGUGAUCGACUACGCUCUGCGCGACCAGAUCUGGGUGGGGCCGUGUCAGGCCGAGGACCUCAACCUGUCACCGGUGCGGACCACUGCCAGCAUGCUGACCUCACGCCAGGGCCCAGCCAAUCAUCUCUUCCGCCUCCAAUUUAGCAGCAACCACUCAGGAGACAAAGUGCCCAUGGUCCUUGGGGUCGAGCAAUUGAAUGAGCGCGCUCGGUGGAUUAGCGCCCUUGGCCUCCCCAACAGUGACAAGAAUAACACCGACAGAACGAACUUGGUGCAGAUGGAGGUGACCAGGACGUACACGGCCAGACAGCCGGACGAGCUCUCGCUCCAGGUGGCAGAGGUGGUGCUGGUGUCGCAGAUGGUGGAUGAUGGCUGGCACGAGGGCGAGCGCCUCCGGGACGGCGAGAGGGGCUGGUUCCUGGCCGAGUGCGCCGAGCGCAUCACCUGCCAGGCCACCAUCGAGAGGAACUGGCAAAGGAUGGACCGUCUGCAGGGGCUGGAGACCAACGUGUGAGCUGACCUCCAGAGGACACGCCCACUAAAUACACACAAAGACUGGAGCUUCUCUAUGAACUAAUGGAGGCGUCAUUGGCCAGGAGCUACUGUGGGACAGCUGUGAUGCCACAGCCCAGCACACAUUAAGAAGUGAGGCUUUUGAAAGGACCUUGAGAACCAGAGAACUCAGUGCUUCUAAACGGAGCUUAAGCAGAGCCAAAACUGCAGGCUCUUUGAUGGGGCCCAUAUAACCAUUAAAGAUUAUGGUGGAGUGAGAGAGGGGGGGGGGGGGCUGAGCAAGGGCAAAUGACGAUGUGUUUUAACUACCGAGUGCCUCUCAUUUCCCUUUGUAAAUACAUACCCAGCCUCAAACUUCCAGAGGAGUGCCAAAGGAUGGUGCAAUUUCUUCACAGCAAAGGAAAUGUAUUAAACCAAACCAGCUGCCACAGUGGCACUUGAUUUCCCCAGUCCCAGUUGAUUGUACAGUGUGAUAGAGAUCUAUCUCCAGAGACUUGCUUCUCCCCACUUUCUGUGAUGUUGGAACCAGCAGCUUCAUUCGUCAGCCUGUCUGUUACAGCUGAGAAGUAAUAUCACACAACUGCCCCGCAGUGACCUGGAGCUGUCAGUGGGAGGGUUCAGGGACUGACUACGUGGACCUUUUACGAUCCCGGAACUGGAAGACAAUAAGGAAGUGGAUAGUUUAUGAGACGGACUCAAGGGCAUGUGGAAGGAAAUGUCUCAGCUAUUGUGAUGAUGUGAAGUGGCUGAGCGUCUGAAAGAAUGUAGAAAGACUGACUAGAUGAGCGUAGUCUUGGACAAUAAUAAUGUAAUGGCAUUCUUACCCAGUCUGAAGCUUUAUGUAUUUGCACUCAGGGACAUAUAAUGCAUACAAGACUUAUGCUUAACAGCAUUGUACAAAAAUGAAAUCUAUAAAUCUUUAAAUCUGAAAUGUUUUUAGAAUUCUAGAAGAUUGUAUAUUGCGUAUAGACAUGCUCCUUCAUAGCUUUUUAUUUGUAUUACUUGUGAACAUAAGGAAUGUAAUUACCAAUGUUGUUGUGUCUCCACUUAGCCUAAUUCACUCUUAACUGUAUAUUUGUCUGUGAAAAUACUUGUAUUAAACCAGCUUUACUCAUA